CAAUGUAUUAGUAAGAGUAACUUUACUCCACAAUUGCCGCGUCCCCCAAAAAGUGAUGCACAUUCUCGGUGGAUAAUUGCUGCUAAGGCCGAUUUACAAGGUAUCCCGAACAGUGCAACGCCGCUUGCGGUAUGUUCGCCUCUCAUAUUUCCAGACGUUGUCAUUGUUUCUUUAGUUGGGGUCUCUGAUGCUGAUAUUAUCUAUCCCUUUGCUCAGCUCCGCUGCUGCAGGCAAGAUGGGCCGAGGUGACAGUUGAAUUUACUCUCAAAUAUUUUUAGUCUAACUUUCAUGGCGGGUGUUAUGCUCUCCAACGACCGGGCGUCCUGAAAUCUUAGUAAUGCAAGUAUUCGCUAUGAGAGAUCCAACGUGGCAUGAAAAAUCAUGAACUGGAACUCACGUACCACCUUCCCACUAGUAGAUGAAGAACGAUGGAUUCUUCUUCGAGCUGGGCAGUCUCGUUUGAAUUUCGACCCUGCAUUGUGAGAGCAUGAAGGUUGAGAUACUAUCGCUACUGACCAAAAGCAAAUCAAAAAUAAACUUCUUGACAAAAAAAUGCAACAAAAAUCCGUGGCUUACACACCUACAAGGGUGGAUAAAAGCGAAUCGCAUCUUCGCUGUCCAAACUGUUAAUUUCCAUUUUUGUUUAUUAGGAUUUAUUUGGCUCCUACUUCAGUUUUAAAACUCGCUAGUAGACCUAUCCCAUGUUUUCGAGGUUUAUUUUUUAUCCAUCUCCACUUAUUACUCCUACUACAAUGAAAUGUAGAGAGAAAAGAUGGCUGAGCUGUAGGCUUAUGCUCCUGGAGUGUGUUCUUUGUUGAAAAGGGAGCAUUCUCUGUAUUGUCUCUCACUGCU